AACUCUAAUAUGCAUCCUAAAGCAAGCAACCUACAAUAAACUUGGAGAGAAAAGCAUACAAAGGAAGUUGAAGUUAAGAGUUUGAGUGAGAUAUGGAGAAUUUCCCAAUUAUCAACCUAGAGAACAUCAAUGGUGAGAAGAGAAAAGCUACUAUGGAGAAAAUCAAAGAUGCUUGUGAAAACUGGGGAUUCUUUGAGCUGGUGAAUCAUGGCAUACCUCAUGACUUGAUGGACACUGUGGAGAGGUUGACAAAAGAACACUACAGGAAAUGCAUGGAACAGAGAUUCAAGGAACUAGUGGCUGAGAAAGGGCUUGAAGCUGUUCAAACUGAGGUUAAAGACAUGGAUUGGGAGAGUACCUUCCACUUGCGUCACUUACCUGAAUCAAACAUUUCAGAGAUCCCUGAUCUUAGUGAUGAAUACAGGAAAUCAAUGAAGGAAUUUGCUUUGAGGCUAGAGAAACUAGCAGAGGAGCUACUAGACUUGUUAUGUGAAAAUCUCGGAUUAGAAAAGGGAUACCUCAAAAAGGCCUUCUAUGGAUCAAAGGGACCAACUUUUGGCACCAAGAUUGCAAACUACCCUCCAUGCCCAAAACCAGACCUAGUGAAGGGUCUCCGCGCACACACCGAUGCCGGAGGAAUCAUCCUCCUUUUCCAAGACGACAAAGUCAGUGGCCUCCAGCUCCUCAAAGACGGCGUCUGGGUGGACGUUCCUCCCAUGCAUCAUUCCAUUGUCAUCAACCUCGGUGACCAACUCGAGGUGAUAACCAAUGGUAAGUACAAAAGCAUAGAGCACCGCGUGAUAGCACAAAGCGAUGGAACAAGAAUGUCCAUAGCCUCAUUCUACAACCCUGGCAGUGAUGCUGUAAUCUACCCAGCACCAACAUUGAUUGAAGAAAACAAUGAAAUUUACCCAAAAUUUGUGUUUGAGGAUUACAUGAAACUCUAUGCUGGGUUAAAAUUUCAGGCCAAAGAACCAAGAUUUGAAGCUUUUAAGGGACCAAUUGCAACAGUUUAAUUAUUGUUUAACUAUAAAUAAAUAUUAAAUAUAUAUAUAUGUAAACAUGUUUGUUCAAGGGGAAGCAAGCAAAGUAAAAAAAGGUUAAAGUGAAGUGUAUUAGUUUCUCAAAUUAGUAUAUAGUUUUGUUUAUUUAUAUAUAGUGAGUGAUGUGAUGCGAUGUUAUUUAUUCCUUGUAACGUGGAGAAAAUAUUAUGAAAUGUUUUUAAUAAUAAUAUUGUUGGAUUGGAGUGGAG